CAACUUUUUUCUCUCCACUCACUUCUCUCCACUCCUCUCCCAUUUGAAUCAUACGGAUCCCCUUCCCUCCUCUCUUUCUUCUUUCCUUUUCUUCUUCUUCAACAUCUUGUUCUUUCCUCUUUCUUUCUUCCUUUCUCCUUCAUCUUCUUAUUCUUCUUCUUUCCUUCUUUUUUUAGGUUUUAUUCACCCUAAUCAUCUUCAUUAUCUUCAUCAUCAUCUUAUUCUUUUUCUUUCCUUCUCAUUUUUUACGUUUUGUCCACACCGACACUGGUUUGCUAUAGUGUCUAUGUACAUGAACAAAAAUUGUAUAUAUACAGACACUUUUUUAUACAAGACAACUAACGUCUAUGUACACUGACACUUGUUUUGCAACUAAUUUUUUCACACCGACACUUUUUUUGUCGACACAGAGAACUAACGUCUGUGUACACCGACACUUGUUUUCCAACUAAUUUUUUCACACCGACAUUUUUUUGUCUAUACAGACAACUAACGUCUGUGUACACCGACACUUGUUUUCCAACUAAUUUUUUAACACCGACACUUUUUUGUCUACAUAGACAACUAAUGUCUGUGUACACAGACAACUAAUGUCUGUGUACACCGACAUUGAUUUCCGUGCAACCAGCCUGACAGAUCUAGAGACUAAUUUUACUCACACCGACACUGAAAGUGUCUGUAUUUGUGUGUUUUUUGUCUGUGAGAAGGGCAAAUAAAUGGGUGUAUCCAGGGUGUAAGCCAGGGUGUACACCAACAACUAUUGACUUCGGAGUCAAUUAAAAACAUGGUUAGAAUAUCAAAUUUAUGUUGAGCCGCAGCGGAUAAUCUAAGAUAAUUAAAACUACUUUUUGAUCCCAUACUUCCUCAUGGCACCUUGUGCAACGACAAAUGCAUUGCAGGACCCGCAAUAUUAAACUUCCAGAGGCCUGACCCAUCUCUAUUUAUUCUUCUGAAAGUAUUUCGACCAUUCUUGGAAGAAGGAAAGGAGAAAUUAGAACAUCCAGUUUUAUAUUGAUAAAUAAGAGAAAAUGAGUACAAAGGGAAGAACAACUAUAGAGGUCGGAGCUGAUGGAGUGGCAGUCAUCACCAUUAUCAACCCUCCUGUCAAUUCACUCUCCAUUGAUGUACUUCAUAGCUUGAAGGAGAGUUAUGAACAAGCCUUAAGAAGGGAUGAUGUGAAGGCAGUUGUUGUGACAGGUGCAAAUGGAAAGUUUUCUGGUGGUUUUGAUAUCACUGCCUUUAGUGGAUUACAAGGAGGAAAGGUUGAACCACCAAAACCUGGUUUCGUGUCAGUUGAGAUUCUCACUGACAUAGUAGAAGCUUCCAGUAAACCAUCAGUAGCAGCCAUUGAUGGUCUUGCUUUAGGUGGAGGACUCGAAGUUGCAAUGGGUUGCCAUGCACGUAUUUCUACUCCAAAUGCACAAUUAGGCUUACCGGAACUUCAGCUUGGUAUAAUCCCUGGGUUUGGAGGGACACAGCGACUUCCGCGCCUUGUGGGUCUUGCUAAGGGCCUAGAGAUGAUGCUUACAUCAAAGCCCGUUAAGGGACAGGAAGCCCUGAAUUUGGGCCUUGUGGACGCCAUUGUUUCCCCAAAUGAAUUACUGGAAACUGCACGUCGAUGGGCCCUUGAUAUCUUGGAGCGGCGCAGACCUUGGGUUUCUAGUCUCUAUAGGACAGACAAAAUUGAACCACUUGGGGAUGCCAAGGAAAUACUAAAGUUUGCUCGAGCUCAGACCCGUAAGCAAGCUCCAAACCUUAACCAUCCAUUAGUUUGCAUUGAUGUUGUUGAAGAAGGUAUAGUUCGUGGUCCGCGUGCUGGCCUUUGGAAGGAGGCAGAAGCAUUUCAAGACCUUCUAUAUUCUGACACGUGCAAGGCCUUGGUACACAUAUUCUUUGCCCUCCGCGGAACCACAAAGGUUCCAGGUGUAACUGAUUUAGGAUUGGCACCAAGAAGAAUUAAGAAGGUUGGAAUUCUGGGAGGGGGUUUAAUGGGCUCUGGAAUUGCAACUGCUUUUAUUCUCUGCAAUUAUCCAGUUGUCCUUAAGGAAGUUAAUGAGAAAUUUCUACAAGCUGGAAUUGGUAGAGUAAAAGCCAAUCUUCAAAGUCGAGUGAAGAAGGGGAAAAUGAGUCAAGAGAAGUUUGAAAAAACACUCUCCCUACUGAAAGGCGUUCUUGACUAUGAAAGCUUUAGAGAUGUGGACAUGGUCAUUGAGGCUGUUAUUGAGGACAUAAAUUUGAAGCAGAAUAUAUUUGCUGAUCUUGAAAAGUAUUGUCCUCCACAUUGCUUACUCGCGAGUAACACAUCCACCAUUGACUUAAACUUAAUUGGAGAGAAAACUAAAUCACACAAUCGUAUCAUUGGUGCCCACUUUUUCAGCCCGGCCCAUGUAAUGCCGCUUCUGGAAAUUGUUCGCACUCAAAACACAUCUCCUCAAGCUAUUGUUGACUUGCUAGAUGUUGGGAAAAAGAUAAAGAAAACCCCCGUGGUUGUGGGUAAUUGCACUGGAUUUGCUGUCAACAGAAUGUUCUUUCCGUACACUCAAGCUGCUCUCUUGCUCGCUGAGCGGGGUACAGAUGUCUACAAAAUAGACAAAGCAAUUACAAAAUUUGGAAUGCCCAUGGGCCCUUUUAGAUUGUGCGACCUCGUUGGCUUUGGCGUUGCAGUUGCAACUGGAGGUCAAUAUGUGAUGAAUUUUCCGGAAAGGACAUAUAAAUCAAUGUUGAUACCACUCAUGCAAGAAGACAAAAGGGGAGGUGAAGCCACUCGUAGAGGAUUUUAUGUUUAUGAUGAAAGGCGCAAAGCCAACCCAGAUCCUGAAAUAAAGAAAUAUAUUGAGAAGGCAAGAGAGAUGGCUGGUGUUACCAUUGACCCGAAGUUGACAAAACUUUCGGAUAAGGAUAUAGUGGAGAUGACAUUUUUGCCUGUGGUGAACGAAGCCUGUAGAGUACUUUCUGAAGGCAUUGCGACCAAAGCUGCUGAUUUGGACAUUGCUGCCGUCAUGGGCAUGGGUUUCCCACCUUAUAGGGGAGGGAUCUUGUUUUGGGCAGACACUCUCGGGUCCAAGUACAUUUACUCCAAGUUGAAUGAGUGGUCAAAGAUAUAUGGUGGUUUCUUUGAACCAUGCUCUUACCUGGCUGACCGAGCCAUUGUGGAUGCCCCUCUGAGUUUGAAAAAGGACAUGGCAAAGUCUCGCCUCUAAGAUCAGCCGUCAUUGGAGAUUGGGCCUCAUUCCAUCUUUUCUGUGGGUUGUGUUGAUGUGCUUUAUAUCUAAGUGAGCUAAUGUGGAAAUUAUAUAUGUGAACUUUAAAGAGGAAAAAUAAUACUCCGUCUUACAAGCUGGAGAAAGAGGAACUAUAUUGUACUGUUAGGUUCAUUAGCUGGUAAUAAUAAAUACGAAAUGCUCGAAUAAUAUAAGUUUGAAGUCAAGGUCGAUUCAGUUUCCUCCUAUGUAAAUAAUCAGAACUUGCCCCGUUAAUGACUCCAGGCUGGAUUUGUGCUGGUCUGAUACUUGAGUAAAACCCAUGAAAAACUCUGACCAGUGCUGGACCGGGAUGGACAAACCUGGGCUGCUGCUUGCACGAAGUCUGCUAGAUGAGGAGGAAAUCCCCGCUUUCUGGAGUUAUACAACUAAAGCGUGAACUAAAACUUAAUUUAAAAACGCGGAGCCAUGAUGAAUUGUAUUCUAACUCGGGUUUAUACAUACAAUGAUGUAAUGCAAACUUAGCCACGAUCCAGCCAUUUGUGCACUGUCCGUGAAUUUUCAUUAUUGCUCUACUCUAUAGUAUAUACUCCCUCCGUAUCAAAUUACUUGACCUACUUUCCUUUUUUGGUGUAUCAAUUUAAUUGACCCCUUUCCCUUUUUGGAAAGAAUCUCACUCAAAAAGUAGCUACAGUACCGCUACAGUGUCGCUACAGUACCAAAAACCUCUUACUUUUAAUAAAGUCUACAGUAAUUGUCUUAAAUUGCGUGAAAAGCAAACGGGUCAAUUAAUUUGAUACGGGAGUAACAUACUUUGUAAAGGUGAUAAUAAAUACGAAAUGCUCCGAAAUCCGAAUGAAUAGAUUUACUAUUAGAGGUAUUUUUCAAAUUUCUUUUCUGUUUUUGUUCUCCAAUUUCUUAUUUUCAGUCUUAAAAAUUUUUGAAAAUUAAAAAAUAUUAGAAAAUCAAAAACUUAAAAAAUUAUAAAAUUUAAAAAAAACAAAAAAUAAAAAAACUCAAAAAAUUUAAAAAUUAAAAAUUAAAAAAGUAAAAAAAUCAAUCAAAUUAGGAAAAAUGGUCAAAUAAGCCCUCGAAUUUACAUAAAAAGGCAUUCAAGAAUUCAUUUGAAUGUUUUCUCAAUUGAAGUUUUAGCUGAAAUUUUGUAUGAGUAAACUAGACUUAAUGAAUAAGAAUCUCAAAAAAAUCCGUCAAAAAAUUCCAUCGGUAACCGCCCAAAAUGGUGACGGCCGGACAAAGCCUGACCCUCCUAUAUAAGGGUUUAUUUGAUCUUUUUAUGUAAGUUCAAUGACCUAUCUGACCCUUUUCCCAUAAAAUUAUAUUAUGAGUCAUGACCAUAUGAGUAAUAUUCACAAUAGUUAGA